GUUACAUAAUAUUUACCUAACAAUUGGUUACACUUGGUUACGCAUGGUUACACAACACAUUGGUAUAGAAUUUGUUACAGAGAAUAAAGUAUGAAUAUAGUUGGUAGAGGCGAGGAGGUGAGUAAAUCUGUGAUUUUGAGUAUAUUAAAUGGUUCAAUAGAGAGAUAUAAAUUAUUAGAAGAUUCAGGGGAUAAAAGGCAAGAUUCUGGAAUAUUCGAAAAAAGGAAGAAAAAACCAAAGGAUGAAAAGGUUAACAAAAAUGAUUUAUGGAAUUUGAAGGUUAGUGAUCUCAAUGAAUUCUCCAUUAAAAAAUCAGAUUCCUACGAAAACUCGACAAAUCAACUCAAAUUCCUAGAAUCCGUCAAAUACUACAUCACACAUAAUCUCCCCUAAAAUCUCAAACAUCUAACCAUAAUUUAGCAUGAAUUUCAUAAUUUCCCCUAAAAUCUCACAUAAUUUAACAUAAUUUAACCAAUAAUAACAUAAAUUUUCAUAAUUUAACAUAUUUUAGCA